AAUCCAAAAUGGAAGGAAUUUCCCUUGUUGGAAGCAGUGGAAGUGUUCCACAGAAUAUGACUAAAAUGUCUGGGUGUUUUGGUGCUCCAGUUGUCUUGGAAGGGGAAAAAGUGUGUUUGACAGGGAAGAAGUCCAAGAUGAUUAAAGAAGAGUUUGAGGAGAAGGUUAAUCUUAGUUCGAAAGAAAAUAAAAAAGCUUACAAAUCCGUGAAAAUAGAACCAAUGGAUUCAGAUGAUCUCUCAGCACCCAAUUUGAUAAGUUUUUGCUAUUCAGUAACAGCAGUUACAGAGUCUUGGCUUGAGUUGCCAACAGUCUCAGUUUCACGGGAUGUGAAGUCAAAAAAAGAAAGGAAGAUAGUGCUUCUUCGUGAUCCAGCCAGGAGAGUGUGGCCAGUCCUCUAUCAAGAAAGAUCCGGGUUCAGAGGCUUAACCAGUGGGUGGGAAGCUUUUGCCAAGGCAAACAACAUUCAACCAGGAGAUGUAUGCAUGUUUGGAGUUGAAAGUCAAUCAGAAGGCCUGCUUCGGGUUACUAUUGUUAGGAAAAGUUGAGAUAUUGCAGCUUAUGAAGUCCUACAUCUACAAGGUAUGAGAAUCUCUUAUUCCCAAAUACCUGUAGGAGCCUUAGAUGCUAUUUGGUUAUUAUCAUAAACUAAAAACCCCAAAUUGCAAUCAAUGUGCACCUUGAGAACCCAAACAAGCAGUCUCAAACAGCUGUUGGUGGGGACCGUGGGGUUGUAUCAGAUGGUUAUCCCUGCUAGGAUUGUGGGAGAUUGUUGUGGAGUCGAAUGCUGCAAUGAUGAUGAAGUGGUAGGUGCUUCGUCUUGGACAACCUUUGUUUUCAUUUGGAUAAUGUUGCUUUCUAUACAUUCAGUAAUUUAAAAAUCAAGUGGCUGGUGGCUGUUCCAGCUAAAAUGAAUGGUUUUAGUAGAGGGGAUGGAAAGAGACUAUUAAGUAUGGUCAGUAGAACUAUUAGA